AUGACUUGUAGACAAAACAAUGAAUUAUAUAGAAUCAUCGGUUCGAGAUUGACUGUUUCUCGAACUGAAGAGACAGCAUAUCUUCGUUCUGAAGAACUACCUCAACUUACAAUAAACGAUCGUCGUAAGAUCAUCAAACUUUCAUCAUUCGGAGAAAAACGUCGCUGUCAUCAGUCUACAAGUAUCUGUAAAACUAGUUUUAUACACCAAUCAGUAUUACGACGAGAUCAAAUAAACAUUGAUUUACAACAUCAACAAGGCGCAUGUAUCAGAAAACGAUCUUUGACUGUCGAUACUAGUCCGAACGUGAUUCAAGCAAGAAAUUCGCUUCGUAUAUAUGAACAAACACCGCGAACGAAAAAUUUUCAAGUAAAAGUUUUUCGAAAUGGUGAUAGUUCGAGAUUUGUAUGGUGUAUGUCAUGUUCGAUGGAAAUUUUAUUCGCUUCUGCAACGGAAAAGUUCCGAUCCAUGGUUAUGUUCAAACGUUUGUUCGAUAUUGACGGAAAUGAGAUUUUGAAAAGUGAGGAUAUAUUGCGUGGAAUGGAAUAUUACGUGUCUGUUGGAGAAACGUUUAUCAGUCCACUUAGAGCAAUUGAUUUUCAUUUGGAAUAUCGAUUGCAUUCGAAAUGGACAAUUUACGGUAUAAUACGAAGCUAUGUCAAGCGGCGACUACCUCAAAAAGAGAAGUCCGAUCAAAUUAAAAUUGCCAUUUAUAUGAAUCAAGAAGAUUUCAUACCAAUUAUACCCGUGACGAGAAAUCGUAAAACACAAGUGUUUGAGCAUAGAUGUCAGUAUGAAACACCCGAUUGUUGUACACAUUACAAACCUUUGAAUGAAUGUGAUCUAUCAAUCAUCCUAAAGAGAUUACCGUAUGUUGAUAAAUGUACACAAUUAAAUCAAUACGUAUCUCAAAUGGAACGUCCAGAUUGUUCGAAACGUAGUCGAUGUCCACAUCAACAAGACAAGGCAUUUCUUAUUGACACAUCAACACAAACGGGUAUUAUUAUUGUACAAAUCGAAACGAUGGACUCAGUGAAGACUACAAUUUCAAUUAAUGAAAUGGAUAUAUUGGUGUACAAUGUUUUUGUUAUCGAAAACGUAGAUGAUGACGUGAAACUUCCUAACAAAAUCAAUGAUUCCGAUAAAGAAUAUAAGAUACAAUCGAUUGACCAAGCUGAUACUUACAAAGUUCCUUUGUUACACCAUGAAAACGAUUUACUAAUUGGUACUCCACUAGUUGAACAUCCCGAUAGAGUUUUACUUCCUUCAGCAAGAAACAACCCUGAUCAGUUAACAACAACAUACUGCUGUCAUUGUCCAUCUGUUGAUAUUAUUGGUCCAUGCGAAAUCCGUUGCAGACCAAUUACGCCAGUGGUAAGAAGCUGCUGUACCUCCUGCGCACAAUGCUUCGGAAAUUUGCGAGGGAAACUCUGUAAAUGCUGCAAUCCACCGUCUAACCCAGUCCCACAACCAACUCCACCAUCAGGUCCGCCAUCAGGCCCACCAUCAGGUCCACCAUCAGGUCCACCAUCGGGCCCAUCAUCAGGUCCACCAUCAGGUCCGCCAUCAGGCCCACCAUCAGGUCCACCAUCCGGUUCACCAUCGGGCCCAUCAUCAGGUCCACCAUCAGGUCCGCCAUCAGGUCCACCAUCAGGUCCACCAUCGGGCCCAUCAUCAGGUCCACCAUCAGGCCCAUCAUCAGGUCCGCCAUCAGGUCCACCAUCAGGUCCGCCAUCAGGUCCACCAUCGGGCCCACCAUCAGGUCCGCCAUCAGGCCCACCAUCAGGUCCGCCAUCAAGCCCACCAUCAGGUCCACCAUCGGGCCCACCAUCAGGUCCGCCAUCAAGCCCACCAUCAGGUCCACCAUCUGACCCACCAGCAGUUCCACUAUCGGGUCCACCAUCAGGCCCACAACUACCUUGCUGUUCUCCAGUGGCAAUUGUUGGUGCAUGCUAUACAUGUUGCUCAAUGACGGCUCAAGCUCCAGGACGCUGCUGGACGAAACUAUGCAAAAAUGAAAGACCACGCCCUCAUGUUCACCCUGAAACUGACGAUAUGAAACAACCUGUUUUACUCAAUCGUAGGGAUUUUUCAGCACCACUCUCUCCUGUACUGGAAACCCUCGAUUCUUACAAGGUUUCCAAAAUGAAGAAUGCUAUAGACACUAAUAUACUUCCGGAUGUUGGUCAACAUGAAAAUCCUGAUUUGAUUAAACCGCCUGUGUCUGGCAAUAAUACAGAUACUGAUCACCUUAAACCAUGUUCUCCUGAAAAAGAACAACCAGAUCGAGAAAAACAACCAAAGACGAAGAACCGAUCCGGUCAAUUUGAGCAUAUGCCACAAGUGGAACAUUCCGAUCAAGCAAAACAUUACUUACGGCGAUGUAUACCACAACCAAAGCAUCAGGUUGAAUAUCCUGAUCAAUUGAAAAUUCUGAAAGAUCGCCCGUAUACUGAAAACCCUGAUAUGGUUAAAUAUCCUGCGCGAUUCAAUAAAGUCGACAAACCACCUAUUCGUGCUAAACACAAACCUCAAGUUGAAAUACCAGAUCGAUAUAAACGAUGCGAAAUCAUCCAUAGAAGAGACAGAAUUCUUAAGAUUCAGACAGAACAACCUGAUGAAAUCAAACGAUCAAAAUAUUUACCACAUCAUAAUAAGAAGCCUCCCAAAGUACCUCUGGAUAAACGUCAUUAUCCGACCCGAAAUUUCUAUGUUCAAGUUUUCAAGAAAAAUGAUUUCUCUCGAUCUGCUUAUUGUAAAUCAUGUUCGAUGGAUACUAUCCUAUCUGAAGCAACGCAAAAUUUAUCAAUGUCGAUGGCUGCUCGACAUCUGUUCGAUAUGCGUGGAAGAGAAAUCUUUCGACGAGAAGAUAUCCGACAGGAUCGAUCUUAUUACGUGACAUAA